CCUUUUUUUCCUCUCCCACUUUUUCCCCCCUUCCUUCGUGUCCCCAUUCUCUCUCUCUCUCUAUCAUACUUCCACGCCAUCGCCAUUUUUGAGAAUCUGGGGAUCACGAAGCUGAAAAGGAGGGAGAAAAAGGAAGCCAGCCUUGCGAUUCCUUUCUUCGAUUUGUCCUUAUCGGAUAAACAUAUAUUCCGCACGACUUUCUGUUGAAUUCGGGUCGGAGGACGCGGCGGCAGGAUCCGGUUUUCCCGUGUCGAUGCUUAACCCUAGUAGAUUGUCCGGCGCCGAGGAUUCAGAUCGUUUCUGGUAGAGGUUUGGCUGUUUGUUUGGUUUUUGGAUUGGGUUUCGGCGGGCGGAGGAGGUGUUGCUGAAUCGGAGUCUGACCCAGAUGCGGGGAGGCCUCUGGGAAUCAAGCUCCGACGAUCCGUGUUCAUUGUGAAGAUGUACGUGGAUUCGCCAUUCCCGACCUCAAUCGCAUUUGCAUUGGGGUUUUUGCUUUGUUUUCUCGGGAUCGCCGUGCAGUCUCAGGAAAAUAUGUACGUGGAUUCGCCAUUCCCGACCUCAAUCGCAUUUGCAUUGGGGUUUUUGCUUUGUUUUCUCGGGAUCGCCGUGCAGUCUCAGGAAAAUGUGAAUCCUGGAUCGCAAUCAACAACUCCGCCGCCGCCACCUCCCGUUUUCCCCCCUCCACCUCCGCCGCCACCUCCAGUCUCACCUCCUCCUCCACCGCCGCCUGUUCAGUCGCCGCCACCACCACCUGCCCCUGCAUCUCCACCUCCUCCAUCCCCGUUUCCCCCACCUCCACCCACACUGCCCGCGGCUGCCUCUCCUCCUCCUCCUCAUCGGAAACUCUCCCCUGCACCUCGUAAACCGGUCUGGUCUCAUCCAGAUGGCUCACACCAAAGGGAGAAUCGCAAUGGCAGGCAACAUGCACCACUUGGAAACUCAAACCACCGGCAGAAAGAAAAGAAACUGAACUUGGGGAAGAAAGUCGGGUUGCUGUUUGUGGGAAUUGGCGGGCUUUUGCAGGUCUUUGUGGUCACAUUCUUGGUAUUCAAGCGGAAACAACUGUUACGGUCUGAUAUCAGGUUGUAAAGGCGCAAGAAAGACGAGAUUUUUAACUUUCUCAUCAGCGGAUUUUCUCUCGAUUCAUUCGAUUGCUGGAGUCUACUAGCUAACUAGAGUUGUACUGAUUGAAAUUCUUUAUAAGAGCUGCUUGGAUACGAGAAUGGUUCCCCCCACACCUGCUGUUGUAAAUUGGUAUUUCUUCUUCAGCUUUCUGCCUUGUUCAAAUUUUUUAUUCUGUUCCACUUGAAUUAUUUAUGAAUGGAAUGUGGUUUUCCUUGUCCAUUGAGCUGUGAAUGUA